AAAUGUGAGGUUUUUAAAUAUUGUGGAUCAGAUUGGAGUUUACGAUGUGCUCUGCUUACAUAUAUCGUUAACACAGCCAUUCAUCAUUUUAGUGAUUGAAGGUUCGAUUCGUCUAAAGAGUAUUCAGAUUUCAGUCACAUAUCAUUUAGCCAUGGAAAUUGUUUUCUUUACUGUGCAUUUGCUUCUCUUUUAUCUUCAACUUUGCUCCUCUGCACAUGCCAGUGACAAUGGUUCCUUUAACGAUGAGCAGGCUCUCCUUGCCUUAAAGAAUUCCAUCACUUACGAUCCAUACAAUGUGUUAUCAUCUUGGGAUUCCAACACAAACGUCUGCAAUUGGACAGGCAUUUCAUGUAAUAGGUUGAUGAGGGUGUCUACAAUUGAUCUUGAGAGUGAGGGUUUAGAGGGUCAUAUUUCUCCCUUCUUGGGAAAUCUUUCCUAUUUAAAGUCCUUGAAUGUCUCUUAUAACAAUUUCCAUGGCGUUAUUCCAGAGAUAGGUCACAAGCUCAGCAAUCUGCAAGAACUGCGUCUGGCGGGGAAUCAGCUUAGUGGGCGAAUACCAACAUCUCUAGGUAAUUGUUCCAAACUGAUACUUCUUGACCUCAGUCUCAACAGUCUCACUGGCACAGUGCCUCUCCAAUUGGGUAAGUUGAGCUCUCUCCAACGUCUUUUACUGUCUGAUAACUUACUCACCAGCUCUAGGAAUUUGCCCUUUCUUAGAGCUCUUGCUAAUUGCUCUGCCCUGCAAACAUUAUACUUGGGUAAUAACUCUCUCGUUGGGGAAUUGUCCCCUUACGUUGGCAAGCUGUCUACCAAACUCUCUGUAUUGUCCUUGGAACAAAACUUCAUAGGAGGGAGCAUACCUCAAGAAAUUGGCAAUCUCACUAGCUUGACACUGAUAAACUUCACCGUUAAUGCAUUCACAGGCUUCAUUCCAUCUACGCUAGGACAAAUUCAAAUGUUAGAGCGUUUGUAUCUGGGCCAAAACAAAUUGCAGGGGCCCAUUCCCAGCGAGAUUGUUGCACUUAAGCAUCUAGGGCUGCUUUCUCUGUCAUUUAAUCUACUUUCUGGACAAAUUCCUGAAACUAUUGGCAAUCUUUCUCAGCUACGGCGCCUUCAACUUGAUAACAACCAAUUUGAAGGAGGAAUACCUGUCAAUCUUGGCAAAUGUCUGAAAUUAGAACUAGUUGACCUAUCUCAUAAUAAUCUCAACGGAAAAAUACCACCAGAAAUUGCAGGUCUACAAAAUUUACAAUUUUACUUCAGUCUGUCUGGGAAUUCGCUACAAGGAAGCCUGCCGGCUGAAAUCGGUAAAAUGGCGUCGGUUCAAGGAAUAGAUCUAUCUGGAAAUCAAUUGUCCGGUGCAAUUCCUAGAGCUAUUGGAAGUUGUGUUGCACUAGAAUAUCUCAACCUCUCUCAUAACAUGUUUGAAGGCCCAAUUAUAGAUUCAGUUUUCAACCUGAAAAAUCUCGAAGCAUUGGAUCUUUCCUACAACAACUUGUCUGGUAUGAUACCAGAUUCUCUACAGAAUCUAACAAUGCUGAGCUUUCUUAAUGUUUCAUUCAAUUUGCUGAGAGGAGAAGUUCCUAAAACAGGACUGUUUGCGAAUCUCACGGCGUCAUCAUUCAGAGGAAACCCUGGGCUUUGUGGGCAAUGGAUAUUUUCAUUAUCGGCAUGUCAAAAUGCAGGCUCAUCUGGUGAAGUGUUGUUUAAAUACAUAGCUUCUGCCAUCUCUUCUUUAGUGGCAUAUUGCUUAUAUGUUUUAUUUCUGUACAAAUAUUUCUUUGGGAAAGAGGAUGUGGAAUUGCCAAUGGAGUUUCCACAUCCUAGAAUCUCAUAUAAGGAGCUUAGUACUGCAACUAAUGGAUUUGGCAAGGGCAACUUGCUAGGAGUUGGUAGUGUUGGAUCUGUAUAUAAAGGAGUCCUGGAUAAUGGAACAUUGAUAGCUGUUAAGGCUCUCAAUCUGGAGAAUGAAGCAGCUCAUAAAAGUUUCAACAUUGAAUGCCAAGUGCUCGGUAAAACCAGACACCGAAAUAUAAUAAAAAUCACAACCUCAUGCUCUAAUCUUGACUUCAAAGGUUUGGUUUUUGAGUUCAUGUCUAAUGGAAACCUGGAAAAGUAUUUGCAUUGUGAUGCUGGCAAGUGUAAUAUUGGAGGUGUAUGCAAAAUGAAUUUACAGACACGGUUGCAAAUAGCCAUGGAUGUUGCCCGUGGCUUGGCCUAUCUCCAUCAUGAUUGUUCAAUUCAAGUUGUUCACUGUGAUUUGAAACCUGACAAUGUACUUCUGGACUUCUAUAUGACAGCACAUGUAGCUGACUUUGGAAAUGCCUAUAUUCUAUCUGAAAAUUCCAUGCAUUCAUCUUCAUCAUCAACACUGAAAGGUGCUCCAGGCUACAUUGCCCCUGGUAAAAGACUUAUUUUUCUUGCAACUGCAGAGUAUGGAAUUGGUGCAAGGAUUUCAACUAAGGGAGAUGUUUACAGCUAUGGAAUUCUGUUAUUGGAGAUGUUAACAAGAAAGAGACCAACCGACCAGAUGUUUGUUGAUGGACUCAGCUUGCGGACCUGGGUUAGCAUGGCUUUCCCCGAAAGGAUUUCAGAGGUGGUAGAUAAUAGCCUGCUGUUGUGCAAUGGAGCUGUUACAGAUGCUACAUGUAAUUGUCUUAUUCAACUUAUUCGAGUAGCUUUGCUGUGCUCAAAAGAUUCACCUAAAGACCGACCAAGUAUGGCAGAAGUGGUUGAGUUGUUGGAAUGCAUUGAGGAAAUGUUUGAAGGAUGUAGAUUGGAUUCCAAGUAUCAGUCUGAUCUAUACCAAAUGAUAAGUAGCAAAAGAUGGGCUGGAGAUUUUGUUAAGGUAGUUAAGGGUCAGAGUACUUCCACAUUGCAGUCAACUUCCUAAAUUAUUAUUAGUCUAGAAUGCUUGUGGAGUAAAUGGAAAGCUGCAGCUGUGAACCAUUAAACAAGCACAAGCCUCCUUUUGAAAAUUGUUCAUAUUGUAUAUCAUAAAAAAUUCUCAAGCAAGCACUAAUACUAGCUAAAUGUGCAAAUGCACUGUUUGUUGACAACAACCUUUAGCAAGAAACAAGACUGAUCUUAUAUGGAUUAUAUGUGAUGCAGUCAAGAAACAAGAUUGACAGUAUAUGGAUUGUAUGUGAAAUAAGGGAUUCGAACUGAACCACCUAAUCCUUGCAGCCUAAGUAAAUUCUCCCAAGAAAAAUAAGACUGACAUUACAUGGAUUGUAUGUGUAUGUAAGCAAGGAAACAAUCCCAAUUAUACAUGCUUAAUCCUUGCCGCCUAUCUCAUGCAUAGGCAAUUCUAAACAAUUUUAGUUGGUGCUGUUGA